CACCCAGGGAUCGUGAGAAUGAAGGGUCUAGCGAGAAGCUAUGUGUGGUGGCCCUUAAUGGACAGGGAAAUUGCUGAAAGGGUAGGGAAAUGCCAGGCCUGCCAGGAGUCCAGACCGCUACCCCCAACGGCCCCGAUUCGGGAAUGGGAGAGACCCCAGGGCCCUUGGUCUAGGAUCCAUAUCGAUUUUGCCGGCCCCUUCCACGGCCAAACCUUUCUGAUAGUAGUCGAUGCCUACUCCAAAUGGCUGGAAAUCAUUCUCAUGAGAUCCAUGACAGCCGAGGCCGUGAUUUCAGUCCUACGGCACCUAUUUGUAACCCACGGGUUGCCCGACACUUUAGUCUCCGAUAACGGCCCACAAUUCACGGCAACCCAGUUUGAGGGGUACUUGGCAGAGGAGGGCAUCCGGCAUGUCCUCUCGGCGCCUUUCCACCCUGCGACGAACGGCCUUGCAGAACGUUUCGUUCGGAGCGCAAAGGAAGCGUUGUCCAGAAUCAGGCCAGAUGACUGGCAAACAAAGAUCGAUACUUUCCUAGCUGUCCAACACAGAACCCCCUGUGUAGCAACUGGCCGCAGCCCGGCAGAGCUAUUAAUGGGCCGGAAACUUAGGUGCCCACUAGAUCGUUUAAACCCAAACUACACACCAGACGGUUACAAAGGGGCACACGGUAAAACAAGAGAGAUGACAGUAGGCGACUUAGUGUGGGCACACAACUACAGCGAGGGCCCGACCUGGGUAAAAGGAAAAAUCCUAGAGAUAACAGGACCAAAAUCAUAUCUAGUAGAGAUAGCGGAUGGCCGGGUAUGGAAGCGCCACAUAGACCAGAUAAGGAAAAGAAUAACCAGCAGGUUAGACUCAGACGAAACAGACCCUGACUACCCAAUGUGUGAAUCCACAGCUGACUCAAACCCGGGGCAAACGCGGGACUUAUCUGAGUUCCAGGAGGUCCAGCGACACCAACAGGCUCCUCCUGAAGACAGCAGGGACGACUCUGCAAAUAAUCCAGGGCCGGAUGGCCUAGAGGAGGAGCUGAGAGGAACAAACAGUCCCUCCGGUCAGCUCGACUCACUCCCAGAGAAUGAAUUGCGCAGGUCCGAAAGAGUCAGGAGACGCCCAGUCUACUUGCGUGAUUACGUAGAAAAAUAAGAUGUUAAUUUUAUGUAAAUAUUGGUAAAGUGUUUUCUGGGAGGGAAGGAGUGUAAUGUAUCUUUAAGAGUUUUGGAGGGAAAACUGAGCGGGAAAAAGCACGUUGCUGAUUGGUUGAAGCCUCCGGCUAAACUGUAUAUAAAGAGAGGUUUUUCCCAGCACGGGCUGCUGGGUUCACCAUAUAGUAAAGAGCUGUUGUCACUAUCCUGGUCUCCUGCCUCGUUAUUGCCCGGAUCUAACAGCGGAGACCCCUUGUAAUCCAAAAGGGAGCACUUGGAACUGGAAACAACCCAGGGGGCAGUUGAAAGCAGUUUUUCAUUCGUCCCCUUCCUUAAUACGCACCCUAUAAUAAGCCUCCCGCAAAUCCAAUUUUGUGAAAAUCUUCCCUUUGGACAGAUGGGCUAACAUGUCUUUCAUGAGUGGUAAUGGAUACACAUUCUCCAUGCAUAUGGCGUUCAAAUUUUUAUAAUCCACCACCAGUUGAAAAAACCCAUCUUUCUUUUCUCUAAACAUCACAGGGGCGGCUACUUGCGGCCUAGCCGGUUGGAUGAAGCCACGUUUUAGGUUUUUAUCAAUAAAGUUCCAUAGCUCCUCCAGCUCCUGGGGGAUCAUGGGGUAGAUUUUUGGCUUUGGAAGCUUGUGCACCCCGAGUCCAGAAGGGCUAGCAUUUUCCCAAGGGCCCCAGUAGAAGGUGCUUGUAGUUCCACUGGGAUGGUCAAGGGUCCCUGCCUUGGACUUACCAGGAGGUCCUUGUUGGAAUCAGUUUUGGAUUCGCUGUCAUCGGUGCCGGUUGGAGUUCCCAGUUCCUCCUGUUUAGGGGGGCGAACUUUACUUCCACUCUUUUUAGGGUGACCUCGCGGCCCUUGGCGGGCAGUUUGACAGCUCUCUUCCCACCACCAGAGUUCAACUGGGAUCCAAGCUUUGCGACACAUUCAGCUGCUCAGUGAUCAUCUUUUCCACAUCUGAAGCACAUCUGAACUGGACUUUGGCUUCGAGCUGGUGGGUCCCCCAGUGCCUUGUAGGGCAAGGAAGGGGCCUUGCUCCAAGUGCACCACUGCGGAUAUGAUCUCUAGCCAAAUCAAUCUCCACAUCCACACCCAGCACAUACCAGCCCUGCAGGUCGCGGGGGCCCCCAUAUGAGCGGCAAUCCUUAUAGACAUCUUCAUUGAGGCCAUCUUUGUAGUUUUCCAGCAAAGCUACUUCUGACCACCCUCUCAUGUAAGGCACUAGCUCGCGAAACUCCUGAGUAUACUCUGCCACCUAUCUCCGCCCCUGAUGGAUAGAUUUCAUCUGGAUUCUGGCCCUCCGCUCUCCCGGCGGGUGUGGGGGGGCUUGAAUCGUGCUCUGAGAGCUGCCAUAAACUGGUCAUAAUUUCUUAGUAAUGGGGAAUUUUCAUUGUGAAGGGUCACCUUCCAAUCAGACGCUACCCCCUCAAAAGCUCUGGUCAUGCAUCUCACAU